GAAAGAGAGAGAUUUAAGCACACAAGCCCAACCAAAGUCAACGCCAAAAGCUGCGAUUUUUUUUUCCUUCUCUCGCCGCCCGCGCGCGCGCUCUCCGGCGACCAUGUCCGCGCGCCCCCCGCCGCCGCCGCGCCCGAGGCUCGCGCUGCCGCCGCGCUCGGCCGCCGAGUCGCUCUUCACGGGCGCCGGCGACGCCAGUCCGGGCCCCCUCACCCUCGCCUCCGCGCUCUUCCCCUCCGACCCCGACGGCGGCGGCGGCGGCGGCGGCGUCAUGACGUCGUCCUCCUCCUCCGCCGCGGGGGCCACGAGCUUCACGCAGCUGCUCAUCGGCAACCUCUCCGCGCCUCCUCCUCCUCCUCCUCCUCCGCAGCAGCAGCAGCAGCGUGAGGCGGCGCGAGGAGGCGGGGUCGCGAGGGCCGGGCCGGCGCUGUCGGUGGCGCCGCCGCCGACGGCGGGGUCGGUGUUCACCGUGCCGCCCGGGCUCAGCCCCUCCGGCCUUCUCGACUCCCCCGGGUUGCUCUUCUCGCCGGCCAUGGGGGGUUUUGGGAUGUCGCAUCGGGAGGCUCUUGCCCAAGUCACAGCCCAAGCAAGCCAUUCUCCACUCAGAAUGUUCGAUCACACUGAACAACCAUCAUUCUCAGCAGCUCCAACAUCAUCUGAAGCUAUGCAGCAUAUGAAUGCAGCAGUUAAUAUGACAGGAAUUUCAGACAUGGUCAUGGGUCCAACAAACAAUGAGAAUGUAGCCUUUCAACCUGCUGAGGCGUCUCAGAGGUAUCAAGUCAAUGCCCCUGUUGAUAAGCCUGCCGAUGAUGGCUAUAAUUGGCGGAAGUAUGGUCAGAAGGUGGUGAAAGGCAGUGAUUGCCCAAGAAGCUAUUACAAAUGUACUCACCCCAAUUGUCCGGUCAAGAAAAAGGUAGAGCAUGCAGAAGAUGGUCAGAUAUCUGAGAUCAUAUACAAAGGCAAACACAAUCACCAACGUCCACCAAACAAGCGGGCAAAAGAUGGCAGCUCUUCAGCAGCUGAUCAAAACGAGCAAUCUAAUGAUACCGUGUCUGGUCUGUCAGGUAUUAAGAGAGAUCAGGAAGCUAUAUAUGGAAUGUCUGAGCAACUAUCUGGUUUAAGUGAAGGAGAUGAUAUGGAUGAUGGUGAAUCAAGGCCACAUGAAGCAGAUGACAAAGAGAGCGACAGCAAGAAAAGGAAUAUACAAAUUUCUUCACAGAGGACUUCAGCGGAAGCUAAGAUUAUUGUGCAAACAACCAGUGAGGUUGAUCUUUUGGAUGAUGGUUAUAGAUGGCGCAAGUAUGGGCAGAAGGUGGUUAAAGGAAACCCUCAUCCAAGGAGUUACUACAAGUGCACCUAUGCUGGAUGUAAUGUUAGGAAACACAUUGAGAGGGCUUCGUCAGACCCUAAGGCUGUCAUAACAACUUAUGAAGGAAAACAUAACCAUGAACCACCGGUUGGUAGGGGAAACAACCAGAAUGCGGGAAAUGCGGCCCCUUCAAGCAGUGCACAACAGAAUAUGCAGAAUUUGUCUAGUAAUCAAGCUUCACUUACAAUGGCAGACUUCAACAACAUUAACCAGAGGCCAAUUGGGGUCUUACAGUUCAAAAGCGAAGAAUAACACCGUCAACUGACUUUCUUGGGACCCCGGUUGCUGAAGUGGCACACUGGUAUUUGGUUGAUUUCUUCAGGCAAAUAUUGGAUGCCUGCAAUUCUAAUAGUCACACUGUUCCAAACGUUCAAGAAGUAAUACAACAAUAUCAUUGUCUGCAAUUUUCCUACCGAUACACAGAAUUACUGAAACGACACCUAGCCUUUCUAGCUUGUACAUGCUGUUACUUUGAAGCAUAAACUCAAUAUAACACCAGCUAGGUGGAUGUGCAGAUGGACGGGUCGUAAUCAUAUACAUGUUUACUUUGUAAUUUGUUUAUCAAUCAAGCUCCUGCAUUGUAAUAAGAUUGAAUAGAGAAGUGAAAUGUACAGAUGCUUUCCCGUAUUUCUGUAUAUGUUGUAAUUUGUAGAAGAGUAAAUCAACAAAAGAAGGUAUACUGUGGACAAUAUAUUAAGAUUCUUUCUCAAACUUUAAUCCAAAUUGCUUGUGCUAGGUAUCCAA